CAGCAAGCAUGGCAAGCAAGUGGACGUUAGCGGUAGCAGUGCUGUUAGCAGUUUGUAGUUAUACACUCACAGAAGCUAAAACUAAAGCAUGGUGGGAAACGGCCUCAUUCUAUCAAAUCUAUCCACGUUCUUUUAAGGACUCCGAUGGUGAUGGUGUGGGUGAUUUAAAGGGUGUAACCAGUAAGUUGGCGUACUUGAAGGAAAUAGGCAUAGCAGCUACUUGGCUAUCGCCUUUUCUCAAAUCCCCCAUGGCCGAUUUUGGUUAUGAUAUUUCCAAUUUUACUGAGGUAGAUCCCUUGUUUGGUACCAUGGAAGAUUUUGAGGAAUUAAUGAAAAAAUCCAAGGAACAGGGUGUAAGAAUAAUAUUGGAUUUUGUGCCCAACCAUUCGAGUGAUGAGUGUGAGUGGUUUAUAAAAUCGGCCAAUAGAGAUCCGGAGUAUAAAGACUAUUAUGUAUGGCAUCCGGGUAAAAUUGUGAAUGGUACCAGAACGGUGCCCAAUAAUUGGGUCAGUGUAUUUAGAGGUUCAGCCUGGGAAUGGCAUGAGGGGCGUCAGGAGUAUUAUUUACAUCAGUUCCAUAAAAAGCAACCGGAUUUCAAUUUCCGCAAUCCCAAAGUUCGAGAGGCAAUGAAUAAUAUUUUACGUUUUUGGUUGGAAAAAGGCAUUGAUGGCUUUCGCGUAGAUGCUAUAUAUCAUGCUUUUGAAAUAGCUCCCGAUGCUGAAGGUAAUUAUCCAGAUGAGCCACGCAAUGAUUGGACUAAUGAUCCAGAUGAUUAUGGUUAUGUGCAUCAUAUCUACACUGUGGAUCAACCAGAAACUCCUCAUUUGGUAUAUGAAUGGCGUCAGGUUUUGCAACAAUUCCAAAAGGAUCAUGGCGGCGAUGAAAGAAUCCUUAUGGUUGAAACCUGGUCUCCCAUAGAAAUAGUCAUGCAAUAUUAUGGCAAUUCUACAGCAGAGGGCGCUCAAAUCCCUUUCAAUUUUCAAAUGAUCAGUUAUCUGUGGAAUGAUUCUGAUGCCUAUCAUUAUGCCAAUUUGAUUAAUGAAUGGCUGAAUAAAAUGCCUGCUGGACGUACCGCCAAUUGGGUGGUGGGUAAUCAUGAUAAAAAUCGUGUGGGUUCUCGUUUUGGUGCAGAUCGUAUUGACAUGUUUAAUAUGUUGCUAUUGACUUUACCUGGCUGCAGUGUAACCUAUAAUGGCGAAGAGAUUGGCAUGACUGAUGUCUGGAUUUCUUGGCAAGAAACUGUUGAUCCUCAGGCCUGUAAUGGUGCAGAGGACGGUUACGAAAGUCGUUCACGUGAUCCAGCCCGUACACCCUUCCAGUGGAGUGAUGAGUUAAAUGCUGGAUUUUCUACUGGUAACACCACAUGGUUGCCGGUGAGUCCUCAGUAUAAGACGGAAAAUCUUAAACGUCAACGUGGUAUUUCUCUCAGUCAUUUGAAUAUUUUCAAACAAUUGCAAUUGUUGAGAGCGGAAAGCACUUUGAGAGAUGGUGAAACAGAGGUUAAGGCAUAUAAUCAUGAUGUUUUGGCUGUUAAGCGUUCCCUUGUCGGUGAUUUCACUUUCAUAACCCUGAUGAACAUCUUUGAUUCGGUACAAACGAUCAACUUAAAUGAACUUUUCAGCAACUUAUCCCCAGAAUUUGAAUAUGUUGUGGUAACAGAUAAAUCCAUUAGAAGAAACGGCGAUAAAGUUUCCAGCAAUAGUGUAGUGCUAUUACCCAAGGAAGCAGUUGUUAUUAAAUCAACUAAAAAAGCAUAAAAUUGUAUGGAAUAACAAAUUGUGCUGACUGUGAAAUUUUCCUAUGUUUUAUUUAUGAUACAAAAUAAAACAGAAUGAAUAAAUGUUUUUUUAUACUGAAUAUUUUAAA